CGUGCAAAAAGUGGACCAUUUGUGUAUAUAUAUAUAUUUAUACAUUAAAAAUAUAAUCCAACUCGAUGCGAAUAGAUAUUAUUGCGCGCUGCCAUAUGACGCCAAUGCGGAAAUGACUGAAAAAACGGAAAGUACCAGCACGUUGGAAAAGCAGCCACAGAAAUCAGAGACCACAGCAGAUGCUCCACUGGUCGUCAACGUGAAACGUGAGAAGAUUGACGUAGAGAUCGAAGCAAAGCUUGGUGCAUUGAAUGCGAAGGUCAAAACUGAGAGUACCACGCCCCCAACUGCAUCGGGCUCGGACAGUGAUGCGAGCAACAGCAACGAUUCGUCGCAAGAUGACAAAAAGCAAAUAGCUCCCGUUAAAUCGUCUAAUGAAAUACUUGCCGAACUGUUUGGUGUCUUUAAUGCAGCGCCACCCGUUGAGUUAUUGGACGACAAAAAUCUGCUAAAAAAGCAUAAAAGAUCGAAAAAGGAGAAGAAAAAAAGAUCGCGCAACAAAGAAAUCAAGUCCGAUGGAGAGUGCAGUGACACUGAUAUUGCGUCUGCUGAAGGCAAAUCUAAGCAUAAGCACAAGCGAAAGAAGCAUAAACACAAGCACAAGGACAGCAAAGAUAAGAACAAGGACAAGGAUCGUGAAAAAUCCAAAGAGAUGACAAGUGCGCCUACAGGAAAGGUACAGGAGGAAAGAGCGGACAGUCGUAAAAGACACGCUACAGAAGACGCAGUAGCUGUGCCGGCCAAGAAGGAAGCAAUAGACCAGGAACAUAGCAUUCAACGGGAAAGAGAGCGGGCACGUGAGCGGGAGCGAGAGAAAGAAAGAGAGCGUGAGCGGGAGCGAGAGAAAGAAAGAGAGCGUGAGCGUGAGCGGGAGCGGGAGCGGGAAAGGGAGCGUGACCGUGAUCGUGAACGUGUUCAUAAUAGCUUCUACAAUGGCUACCACGAUAAACAGGAGGACAGGCAAGCCCGCACGAAGGCCAACAAUGGGAAAUCCGUAAAGACUAAAACGGAGCGCCGUCAAUCCGACGAGCUCUCGUUGUCUGACGAGGAGACAUAUCUGCGCGAAAAGGCCAAUAAUGGACGACGUCGUUUCUACGGAGCUGUCAAGGCCGACUCCACCGAUAAUAAACGCCAUCCACGCCACCAGAGCAGCACAAGCACCAGGCAUCGUACACGCUCUCGUUCCCGCUCUCGAACGCGUUCCCGUUCAAGAGACCUGGGCAUUGAUAAGAAGCGUUUGCUGGAGAUUGCACGCCGUAAUGCAAUCAGCAUGUUUAAGCGAGGCAACAUGGCCGGUGUGGCCGAUAUGACGCCGGAGGUGAAGGAUAAGGUGCUACUCAAAAUGCGUUACGGUGGGCGCAGCGUGCAAGAUCUCACAGACUUUUGCAAGAAGAUCUCCAACGGUGAAAUUCUGUCUGAUUUUAGUUCGGAUGAGGAUUCGGAUGUGGACAAAAAUGGCAAUGCCAAGGCAUUCCAUCAUCCAUUUCAACUUAAGGAGCGCGAACCGAUUGUUAUGCACAUACGAAACUCCACACCAAUUGUGCCGCCGUCCACGCGCCGCGAUGAGCAGACCAAGGCUAUAACCAUGCAGUUCCCGGUCUCCUCUGGUCAGGUUCAUCGCAUGUCUGAGGUCUGGGUGCCAGUCGAUCCAAAAGAGUCGCUAGCGCCGCUGCCUACGCUGCCGCCGGCCAAGCAAGCCACAAAUAUGUUCAAGGAUGUGCAACGAAAUGUCUUCGCUAAGACAAUUCCACAGCAAGAGCAGCAGGAGCCCGCGUUCAAGCCUGUUACGAAUCCAAACGAAGGUUGCCAAGGCCAGCCGUCUGUACCUGUAGCUCCGCCAGUGUCUGUGCCUACUCCUGCUCCAGCUGCUCAUACUCUUACUCCUGCUCCUGCUCGUACACCUGUUCCAGUUCCUCCUCCCUCAAACGCUCCUGCUUUUACGCCUACUCGCUUUGUGCCAGAAGUGCCCAUACCAUCGACAGCAGCACCUGCAGCAAGUACUUCAAUAUUUCCGCAGGUCACGGCGCCUAGCAUGGAUGUAUCCAGCAUUAUUACCCAACGCCUCAGUGCAAUAAGGCGUCUGCAGGAUAAUCCCGCCGAUUCGGAGGCAUUGAAAAUGAUGUACAAUGCGCAGCGUGACAUGUCUUCCUGGGCCAGCUCGAAAUUUCUGCCUGGACAGUUUACGGGCAGCACUGGUGCUCAGGUAAUGAAGGUGCAUGAGCUGAACAGUGGUCCACAGUUGUGGGCACGUCGUGAUCAGUUGACUUCUACCAAACCCGUUACGGGCGGCAUGGGUAUGGCUCUGCUGCAGAAGAUGGGCUGGAAGCCGGGCGAAGGCUUGGGUCGGACAAAGACCGGCGCCCUGCAGCCACUACAGCUCACGGUCAAGCUGGACAAACGAGGUCUUGUCUCGCGAGAGGAUAUCAAACAGCAGCCUGCCCGCCAACAGGGCACACGACCCCCGAAGAACACAAGUGCCACGAAUAUUGCACAAGCUGCGCUCACCGCUCAGGACAAGCAUCCGGUUUGUGUGCUCAAUGAGCUGACAUCGAAAAACAAAUGGACGCCGCCGCAGUAUACACUGAAGGACGAUUCGGGGCCCUCGCAUAGCCGCAUGUUCCUCUUCUCCGUGGAGAUCAAUGGGCAGACCUAUACGCCUGCCCAGGCCUGCAACAACAAGAAGGAGGCCAAGCUGAAUGCGGCCAAGUUGUGUUUACGAGCUUUGGGUAUAUUGCCGCCCAGUUAGUAAAGAGCCAAGCAUCUGAUUGUUGU